CUUGUCAUACGUCUCGGUGGGGAACUCAAACAGGAUAUAGCGACAGAGUAAGCCGUCAUGUGGUGAAGCAAGUGGCUAAAAAAAUCAUCACUCAAGGACAGAAGACGCAGAUGUUGCUGCCAUGUACCACAUUGGCACCCGAAGUAAACUAGAAAACCUGUUCCAUGAAGAUCUAAUAGCGACUGUCGGCUUCACAAAUCAAGAAGCUUUCAGUGACUCUCCUCCACGACUGACGGACUUCCACCUCUGCAACAGUGUGUCUGUUCCACCUUUAUCUAGCAGCUCCAUCCUUAUCCUCUCUCUACAAGGGCUGUACUGUCAGUAAGGUUGAUUUACAAAUGUCUACCUCACGAUUAAAAGAGCCCUCUCCAACACUGCGACCUUGAACAGGACACAAAAUGACCUCGAGCAUUGACCGGGAUGACACCAGUAUCUUUGAUGGGUUAAUGGAAGAAGAGAAGGACAAAGCUAAACGUGUGUCUCGUAACAAGUCUGAGAAGAAACGCAGAGACCAGUUCAAUGUCCUCAUUAAGGAGCUGGGCACCAUGCUACCGGGCAACACCCGGAAGAUGGAUAAAUCAACUAUCUUGCAGAAAAGUAUCGACUUUCUGCACAAACACAAAGAAAUUGCUGCACAAUCAGAGUCGACCGAGAUCAGACAAGACUGGAAACCUCCUUUUCUUAGUAAUGAAGAAUUCACACAGCUGAUGUUAGAGGCGUUAGAUGGAUUUUUUCUCGCCAUAAUGACUGACGGGAAUAUAAUCUAUGUCUCUGAGAGUGUCACCUCUCUUUUAGAGCACUUACCUUCUGAUCUUGUGGAUCAGAACCUGUUGAACUUUCUGCCCAAUGGGGAACAUUCAGAUGUGUACAAAGCUCUUUCCUCUCAUGUUAUGGAGGGAGAGACACAGACACCGGAAUAUCUGAAAACAAAAAACCAGCUAGAGUUCUGUUGCCACAUGCUCAGAGGGACGAUUGACCACAAAGAGACCCCAGUGUAUGAAUAUGUUAAAUUCAUCGGAAAUUUCAAGUCCUUGAAUAAUGUGCCUAACUGUACCCGAAACGGUUUUGAUGGAGUGAUCCAGCGAUCGCUUCACUCAGCCUUUGAAGAAAAAGUGUGUCUCAUAGCAACUGUGAGGUUAGCCAAGCCACAGUUCAUCAAGGAGAUGUGCACUGUUGAAGAGCCUAAUGAGGAAUUCACCUCCAGACAUAGUUUAGAGUGGAAAUUUCUCUUCUUGGACCACAGAGCCCCACCCAUCAUAGGUUACCUUCCAUUUGAGGUCUUGGGUACAUCAGGGUAUGACUACUAUCAUGUAGAUGAUCUGGAAACAUUGGCCAAGUGCCAUGAACACUUAAUGCAAUAUGGCAAGGGUAAGUCCUGCUACUACAGAUUCCUCACCAAAGGACAGCAGUGGAUUUGGCUUCAGACUCACUACUACAUCACGUAUCACCAGUGGAACUCCAGACCAGAGUUUAUCGUCUGUACACACACAGUUGUAAGUUAUGCUGAAGUGAGGGCAGAACAGCGUCGAGAGCUGGGAAUUGAAGAAGCAACUCCUGAAAUCACAACUGACAAGUCCCAGGACUCAGGUUCUGAGUCUCAGCUCAACACCUCAAGCCUGACGGAGGCUUUAGAGCGCUUCAACCACAGCCGGACUCCGUCGGCCUCGUCGCGCAGCUCACGCAAAUCCUCGCACACUGCCAUAUCAGACCCAGCCUCAUCACAGAUGAAUCUUCAGGGAGAUCGGAGUACACCGGGUCGACAGUCGGUCUCUGCCGUGGAGAUGACGUCACAGCGAAGAUCCUCUAUCAGCAGUCAGUCUAUGAGCUCCCAAAAUACAGGGCAGAGCAUGACGCCAUCUAUGGUUUCACAACAGCAGCAACAACAACAACAGCAGCAGCAGCAGCAGCAGCAGCAGCAACAGCAGCAACAACAGCAGCAGCAGCAACAACAACAGCUGCAGCAGCCUCCACAGCAAGUGCAGACCAGUGGACAGGCAAUGGUGCAGUUUUCCAACCAGUUAGAUGCCAUGCAGCACCUGAAAGAGCAGCUUGAGCAGAGGACAAGGCUGAUCGAGGCAAACAUUCAGCGGCAACAGGAUGAGCUGCGGCAGAUCCAGGAUGAGCUGCAGAGAGUGCAGGGACAGAAUCUGCAGAUGUUCCUGCAGAAAGGAGCUGCAGGACUGAAUAUCAGCUCUGUCCAGCUGUCCCAGGGGAACGCUGUGCAGCAGGCCGGGACGCUCAGCAUGCAGGGCCAGGUAGUCUCUGCAGGGACUCUACAGAACAGCAUACAGCAACAGCAUGCUGUUCAGCCCCAAACACAGCAGCAAACGCUCCUACGGGACCAAAGCACAGCACUCUCACAGACUCAGCGGUCAUCUCUCGCGCUGCAGCCGCAACAAAAUCCUCUACCUGCAUCUCUUUAUAACACGAUGAUGGUCCCUCAGCAAAGCCCUGCAAAUGUGGUUCAGAUUUCAACAAGCCUGUCCCAGAGUACUGGACCCAACACUCCUGCGGUGGCAACAUUUGCACAGGAUCGCACAGCUCAGAUUAGGUUUCCUGCAGGUCCUCAGCUUCUCACCAAGCUGGUGACGGGUCAGAUGACAUGUGGAGCUGUCAUGGUUCCCACAACCAUGUUCAUGGGUCAAGUCGUGACUGCUUUUGCUCCGCAGCAAGGCCAGACGCAGACCAUCAGCAUUUCCCAACAGCCGCCCCCACCACAGCAGCAGCAGCAGCCCCAGCAGCAGCCCCAGCAGGAGCAGCAUGUGCAGCAGCAGUCGCAGGUCUCAGCUAUGCAGUCAGGGCAGACACAGCUCACUCAGCAGCAGCCACAGUUUCUGCAGGCUUCUCGGCUUCUUCAUGGAAACCAGUCCACCCAGCUCAUCCUGCAGGCAGCGUUCCCUUUGCAGCAGCAGGGCGCUUUCAGUGCUUCAGCCCAGCAGCAGCAGUUACAGCAACAGCAUCCACAACAACAACAGAAGCAGUUACAACAGCAGAAACAGCAACUGCAGCAACAGCAGCUGCCCCCUCACAGGGCAGACAGUAUUUCUGAGCGAUCUGCUGCACAGCCGCAGUAGCUGGUACAAACCAGUGGGACGUGGAGUUGACCAAAGGAGUGUGACCGGAGUCUAAAGAGGAAUCAAGCUGCUCUGUGUGCAGCGCUGAGACCGUGCCUCAGAGACUGUGACCUGAGUGGAAGGAAAAGCUGAGGCUUCCCCUUGCUCACGUAAAUCUUUCGCUGGUUGCACUUUCACUUCUGAGAGCAGAGAGCAUCUCAGAGCCCGGGUCUGGGCUGGCUGUGACUCUGGCAGGAGGCUUUUGGCUCUUCAUUGAAACCGUUCCUCUGGGUAGACGGAGCCACAAUCCAGCUGCAGACUCUCCCCUCACUUCUCCCUGUGUGUGUGUGUGUGUGUGUGUGUGUGUGUGUGUGUGUGUGUGUGUGUGUGUGUGUGUGUGUGUGUGUGUGUGUGUGUGUGUGUGUGUGUGUGUGUGUGUGUGUGUGUGUGUGUGUGUGUGAGAGUGUGAGUGCUUUAGUUAUCCUCAAAGGAUUAACUCAUGCAGCGCUCUCCAUUCUGAACAUUGACGAUGUGAUCUUCACUUUGAGGACAUCUUGCAGAACAGCCCGAGGAUUGUUUGCUUCAGAUGUUUUCUCCUAUUCUUGUUUUUCAUGUAAAAAUGAUAAUGGGUCAGAAAAUAUUUUUAAAGAAUGUGGUGUAGAUUCAACUUUAUCUGUACAGAAUAUCUCAUGUAAUAUAUAUUGUAAAUAUAUUGAAAAAGAAAGAACUAAUAUUUUAUAUGAUGCAUGAAAUGAAAAUGCAUAGUCUGUUAUUUACAGCUUUGAAAAUGUUUUUUUUCCUUGUACUCAAAGGAAAAAAGGAGUUAAAAUACUCAGUGGCUGAUACUUUCACAGACCUUCUCCCAGAGGACAUGUUUGUGUUUGUGUGUCUGUUGCAGACAACGCUGAUGCUGUUUGUUGUGUCACAGUUUGUUUAAUCCUUGACCCCUAUUUUCACACGAUUUCAUAAAAUUGUCAAAACAAUACAAGAAAUAUUUUUUAAGCUUUGUAAGUCGUGCUGAAAAUCACUGAAGACUCUGCAGUCAAAGGGAGUCAGAUAUUUUGAAUGGGUUAGAAGUACAGAAGUUAAGCUGAGUGUCUCCAAAAAUAAGCUUUCCAGAAUCACUUGUCAUAUCUUUAUGUUUCCAUUUUUGGCACUUAUGUUGGGAUCCCUCCCAUUUCACUGCCAUCUGUAAAGCCCGUAUGUUACCUGAAGGUGUUUGUCAACAUACGCUAAUUCUUUCUAAUGUUAUGUCAUGAUAUGAUAAGAGGUCGCACAAAAGGGAAAGGAAAUGAUGUGUGCUCAUGGAGAUCAAAUCAAACUUUUCCUCCCUGGCAUGCUGAUCCCCCGUUGUUUUGAGAAACGUCUCUUUGUUGACAUCGUCUUGCCUGCAGCUUCAUUAGUAACCGCUCAUCGACCGUGUGUGGUGUCCCUUCAUCAGCCUUUUCUGAGCUCUCUGUGUCGACAGUGAGAGAGAAACCAGCAGUGUCUUAAUGUCUGCAUCGUUGGUCUUAACAGUGACUCAGUAGACCAUGGAACUUUUGAGUUUGUCCUGUCAGAAUAUGUUUACUGUCACCGCUUUAUUUUUUGAGAAAGCCGCUGACUCUAAUUUAUGUUUUUUUCACCACAUCUCCAAUCACGAGCACUUAAACCUGCAUCUGGUGAAUGUUUGGCGUCCUAAUUCUGAUUUUUCCUUUGUUAGAUCCAUAGAAGCAUCAGCCCUACACCCAUCAGUGCGAAACCUGCUAAAUGUUGCACUUUGUACGAGGUCUGACAGGUUGUAGAAAUUCAGUGUACCCAUCAUUCAUGUUCUUGUGGUUCAUUGUUCAGCAGUUGUACCUGGAAACCGUCAUAAAAUUGAGCUUUGUACCCUCCAAAGAAGUGUUUUCAGUAUUUAGAACACGCCCGUCUUGCUGCUUGAUGACUGACGAGACCAUGAUUUAACCUCACACAGAAGCCCCCGUGGAGCCCAUCAGGCCCACCUGUUCAUGAACACUUUGGCUGAGCAGACUCGCCUGACAGCCUCCACACCAUCUGAUAUAAAUCACAGCCAGAUGGUAUUGAGCUCGACAGCUCAGCCUCAUCUUCAUCUGUGUGCCAUGACGUUGCGAGCUUUGCACAUGACCUAAAUGUAAUUCCAAAUGUCAGCUGAUGCACGUACAUGCCCAGCAUGUCGUGUUGUUUGGAGACAAAAGACAAAAACCUUGUUUUAACAUCCAAGUCGUGGCACAUUUCGUUUUGGUUUUUUACAGUUGCGAGAUCCUGAUGAUAAAGGAAACUGAAUUCACCAGCAUGAAUUUCACAUCAUGUAAUCUAUGUUUUAAUGCAAACCCUUACAAUACUGCUCCCUUAGAACCGAAAACUGGUAAGUUUUCUUGCUUGAGGCUUGAUUGUUGGUUUGGUAGAUCUAAAACACUGCAAGAAAUCAGAAACCUUUUAGCUUUGCUACAGGAGAACUGUGAGAAGGAGCCAUACCUGUCAGCACCAGGUGUUUGCACUCAAUAUUCUCUUCUAGGCAAACAUUAAAUUUUAACGUCGACCGAUUUAAGGUGCCUAGGCCCCAGAUUACAUUCCUUGCUGUUGGUGUUUUGUUUGUAGCUCUGUUGUCUGGGCGGUGGCCCUUGUUAUGAAGUUUCAGUUCUCCAAAACCCUCACAGACACAGCUUAGAAGCUGAAGUGGAGCUGUACAUGCAUCUGACAGCAUGCAGUCACACCCCUUUUGGAUCUCACCAUUAAGAUAUUUUGUUCCUACUUCCUCUCACUUUUACCUCCAAGCUUGAUUUCAAGGAUAAAUUCUUAAUGGACCAAUCCUUUUUCACACACAUUUUAUAUGUUACAUUUUCCACCAAACAGGAUAAAGUGAAGAACUGUUGGUCCAGUGUUUAAGAAAAUGCACUUUUAUGAUUAAAUACAAUUUCGAUUUAACUGUUUAAUCACUUUUGUUAUUCGUCACCAUUAAAACAAACAAAAAUAGAACCCUUACAAUAUGUUUCAAACCACCUCCGACAUCUAUAGACAUACCUCACAUAGAAUGUCUCUCUACUUUUCUAGCGUCAGAUAUGGCACUGCCACACAUAUCAAUAUUUACCUAAAAUAACAUACGACUCCUGUCCUUAGCAACUCUUGCAGAGUGGAGCUGGUCCUGUGUUGUGUAACAUAAAGAUGCAAUGUACCUUUGAGAAUGUAACAGACGUUGCCAACAUGAGUGUUUCGCAUGAGGAAGCGUACAGCUGUGGGAGACUUUGCACAAUGUAUGAAAGGAACUUUAUUUUUAUAUUGCUGUAACUGUCAUAUAUAAAAAAAAAAGUAUAUAGAUAUGCUUUUAAAUAAACCAAGCACUUGCAGAUUGAGGUUUGAUCUACAUGUGAAGGAUCUAAACUAACUGUGACACACAAAGACUGAUGACUAUUUUUGCCCUAAAGAGCAGGUUAUUUUUAAGUUUGAGAGCUGAUAUACGAUGUUUAAAGUUCUGUUCCACUUUGACUCAGAGUCAGUGUUCAGUUUUUCUGCAAGUUCAUCUUUUUUUUCCUUCAUGUUGGAAAUUGUGAGAAGGGGAAAAAAAAAGAAAAAAGUGAGCAGUCUUGUCACAAAAGUUUGGUCAUGACAAGAAAAAUGUUCCAUCACCCACAGAGAGGAGAGCUCCGCGAGGUGAGGGCCAGACUAAAGGACACAGCGCAUCAUGUUAAAUGUCGUGUAGUUCUGAUGUGCACAUUUGAAACUCUGAAUGUCUGUGUUUUCCCUCUUUCAGCUUCUCUGUGCCGCUUUUGGUUUGGCUCAUGAAAUUCACUGUCGCAGCACACUCGACUUUGAAAAGUUUGACCGAAGAGGUCAGAGCGCUGGCAUCACUGACUUAGGUUGGACUCCACUGGCAAGAUGUUUUAUCACCUGAUGAGUUAAAAAAAAAAAAAGACAAAAAAAACCUGCCAUUUGUGUCUCAUUCUGAAGUUGUAAGUCUUGAUUUUUCCACAGACAAGUCAUUUUAAGAUAAUUGCUACAAGAUAUAUCACAUCACUGCAGGCCCACCUUCCUUCUCAAAAAAUAGUAAAUGCAUAAAUGUAUGGGUUUGCACACAUUACCUACCAUAAUUAUGAAUUCCAGUACCUGUAAAUCCAUUAAAGAAGAGAGCAAAACAUACUUAUCCCUGAUCAAAUACUAAAUUCAGCUCCAACAGAAUAUAUCGAGAAUAAAUACUUUAUUUAUAUUUUACAUGUCCUAUUUUCCAAAUUUAGUAUUUUGAUCAGGGUUAAGUGUGAAGAUCAAAGUAUUCUGUCAAUCAGUAACUCAUUGCUUCAAAAUAUUUAACCCGUUUUAAAAGUUAUUACUAUUAAGUGCCAAAACUAUUUGUAAUUGAGACUUAAUGCUAUCAUGAAGCACAAGAGGAGCCUUAUUUGGCAGCCUCCUUGUCCACUGCUGCCACCUGCUGUUCACUUUAGGUCAAAGUCCCACUUCUUUCUUUGGUGCCCUUGACAGUGGAGCCUGUGGGAAAUGAACAGUGAGGGUCCAGCUGGGCAGAACAUCCAUGUGCUCCCAAAUACCCUCUGCUACUUUAUAGCACAGCUCUUUCACCUCAAAGUUUAACUUCUAUUAAAUUCAGUAGUGAGCACACCUCUGUGUUUCUACAUUUAACUCUCUAAUCGAUGUUCUGCACUUUAAUCCGACUUAGUAUGAAAACACUAUUUGUGCCUACAAGUGAACUGCCUGACAUUUGUUUCUUGAGCCAAACAUUUUCA